GAGGUUUAUUUUUCUCUGUUUUACAGCGCCAAUCUAAUUAAAAUAAAACAAAUGCAAAUUAAAUAAAAAAUAAAGGAAUCACAGUAAUAAAAUGGAGACUAAAAAUAAUUGUGACACGAUUUUCACCAAACUAAUUAUUAAUGAAAAACCGGUUUUCAUUAAAGUCUUAUGGGAAGACAGUGAGACCAUUAUGUUUUCUAUUCAAUUUUUUACUGAAGACAAUAGCUGGCAAGGAAAAUAUACCACUGAAGCAGCUGCAAAGUUUAUGCAAAGAUUCAAACAAACAAAAGAAGAGUAUGCUAUGGAUGUAAAAAGCUUUUUAUUAAAAAUGAAUCCUAUGUUUAAAUACGAUUUUAGAGAUAAUAAUGAAAAAGCUACAUUUUCAUGGAAAAAGAAAUUUGAAGGUUCUGCUGUUAUUCUUCAUGGAUCAUUAGAGAUGGAACAAAGUACUGACACAAAGAGCUUACUUAUAGACAGCCUAAUAGAAGAUAAUCAGACUUUGAGAAAUAAUCUAGAUAUAAGUAGAAGUGAAAUUAAACACGCUGAAACUGACUUAAAAAGAUAUCAAGAUAAAUUAGAGAAGUUAAAUAAUAUAAAUUCUUCAUUAGAGGAAACCCUGUUAGGCAAAUUUGUUCAAUUAUUAAACUCCAAGAAAAAAAGAAUACAACUAUUGGAAGAUGCUUUAAAUAAUACUGAUAACUAAGUCAGUUAAAAUUUGUAAAUCAUAAUACAGUAAGCAAAUUAUUUAAAUGGCAAAGUUCAUGAA